UCACGUACGACAAAAGGCAGAGUGAAUGCAAGCGAAUGUGUACAACGCACAACAUACAAUUCAGUCAAGAAUUUCCUAGUUUGUGUUUAAUGAUGUACUCUCAUUCUUAUCUGUUUCCAUUGAUAAGAAAAGAAUAAAAGUUCAAUGUCAACAUUGUUAGUCUCUAAUGUAUGAAAACAUUGAAGUAUCAGAUAACUCGCGUCACUAAUGUGAAAGUAUCACUUUAUGCCGUACCAAGAACUAGUUAGAGUAUUCGUAGAGAAUCCUACAUAUGUACAACGAGAUUAUUGUCGAGCGCGCAAGAUACAAGAAUUAAAUCGGAAUCGAUUUUUAAUUGUAGAUCUGGAAUUGUGCCUACAAUUACUAUGAAUAAAACACAGGGUUCAAAUCUUGCGGAUACAGAGAUCGAAUUGUUUAAUGCAAGUAUAUUGGAGCGAUUGUCGCUUUCCCAGAUCGAAGGUUUUUUAAUUAGACCUUUAAAAUCUGGCGAUUAUGACAGGGGUUUCCUUGAACUUUUAGCUCAAUUAACUGAAGUUGGGCAUAUCGGUAGAGAACAGUUUCUAAAACGUUUUCAUACAAUGAAAAAUACUGGCAGCUAUUAUAUAAUUGUGAUAGAAGAUUUGAGCAGUGGAAAAGUAGUAGCAAUUGCGUCAUUAGUCGCAGAACUAAAAUUUAUUCACAACUGCGGCGUGCGAGGAUUUUUACAAGAUGUAGUAGUAGAUAACAAGUAUCGGGGUAAACACCUAGGAAAAUUAAUAGUGAAAAUAGUAUUGCAGUUAGCACGUUAUUUGCGAUGUUACAAAUUAUCGUUAGAAUGUAAAGAUAAUUUGAUACCAUUCUACGAAAGUUUAGAUUUCAAACGUGAGCCUAACAAUGCUAAUAGUCUUAACAUGAGAUUUCCUCAUGAAACAACUACGGAGCAAUCUCACUUAUGAUAAUCAGUAAAAUGCUUUGAAAGCAUUGCAAAAGAUUGUUGUGUAAAGUCAGUUAGAUUUGCAUAUCAGAAUAUAAAAAGAAAUAAUAAAUAAAAAAUUUUUAUUAUUUUUAUAAACUAUUAGGAUUAGUUUUGAAUCUUGUUUCGAUCGCCAGCGUUGGUCUGGCAUGUGCUGCCGAGUAAUGGAGGACCGGAGUGUGCUGGCGACGGCGACACUGGGAUCCAUUGGCAUCGGCAUCGACAUCGGCAUCAUUCAGUCCCAUUUGUAAGGUCUCCUCUCCACCACUCUACAGCACAUUCCAGACCACCAUUAUUCUGAACAAAUAUUUAUGUUCUCUUGUAAAAGAAUUAUUAAUGAAACAUGUUGUAAAAAUAAUAUGUGAUUAUAUUUUAUUGAAAGGAUGUAUAAUAUUUUUCAAGAACAAUAAAUUCAAGUACAAGAAAUAAUGUUGCAAAACAA